AGCGAGUAAAAGUCCAGUCAAGUAGUGCAGUUGAAUUCGACUACUGUUGGGUUCUUCAAAGUUUGAGACUUUAAGCUUCAAUGGAGGAAGAAAAGGAUGCUUUUUAUGUUGUUCGAAAGGGAGAUGUGGUGGGCAUAUAUAAAAGUUUGAAGGAUUGUCAAAACCAAGCCGGUUCCUCGGUAUGCAAUCCUUCUGUAAGUGUGUUUAAAGGGUAUGGUUUGCCUAAGGAGGCCGAGGAGUACCUGGUUUCACACGGGCUUAAGAAUGCUUCAUAUACAAUCAGUGCCAGUGACGUGAAAGUUGAUCUGUUUGGAAGCCUUGUUGCUUGUCCUUACCAGCAGCCGGCAUCUUCUAUGGUGAAUUCAGGUGUCGAAGACCCUUCAAAAAGGAGAUUUCCAGAUAUGGCGCUUUCCUCGGCUUCCAGUUUCUCUCCACAUAAGCAUUUUAAAGCUGAUAGUUGUAGUCAAACUCGAGUAAUUUCUUCUACCAGUCGUUGCACACUUGAGUUUGAUGGUGCUUCAAAAGGAAAUCCAGGACUAUCUGGUGCGGGAGCUGUACUCCGUGCUGAAGACGGGAGUGUUUUGUACCGGCUGCAGGAAGGGGUGGGCAUUGCAACAAAUAACGUUGCCGAAUAUCGAGCUGUAAUUCUAGGAUUGAAGUAUGCUCUUGAGAAAGGAUAUAAGCACAUUAGUGUUAAAGGAGACUCUAAACUUGUCUGCUGCCAGAUUCAGGGGACCUGGAAAACAAAAAAUCAGAAUAUGGCCGACCUGUGCCAAAUGGCCAAGCAGCUUAAGGAAAAGUUUACUUCUUUUGAGAUCAAUCAUGUUCUCAGGGAGUUCAAUGCCGAGGCUGAUGUUCAAGCAAACCGAGCAAUAAAUCUCAGAGAUGGACAAGUUGAAGUGGAAUCGUCGCAUUAAGUAGCCAAUGAAUCAGAAGUGCAUAAAUAUGAUUCAGUGUGCUUAACAUGUCUAUCGUAGUGGUCUUCUUAAGUAGCCAAUAACUCCUCCUCACUCUGAUCGCUAGGCCUAUGUAAAAUUUGCACUUAUAAUUUUGAACCCCAAAUUGUAAGUUAAUUAUUAUAAAAGAAAUUUCUGUGUUUUAUUUUGUCU